CCUGUCAAGUAGACAUUUUUUUCGUCAAGCUGUCUCCGCAAAUUCGCAAAAUAGGAGACGAAAAUCCGUUUAAGUUCUCUAGUUUUAUAUCGAAUCUGCCACCUAUAGGUGGUAGAACAAUGCCGCGGUGCAGCAAACGGACGCGUAGCAGCGCUCCUGCUGCUGAACUACUGGCGGGCACUACUUCACUCGAGGAUCACCAUCACCAUAAACGUUCCAGAAAUACUAGCUCUAGAAGACAUUCCAAAUCUGAAGAUACAAGUUUUAGUGUAAAAAAAUGCUUAACCUGGUUUAAAGAGUACACAACAGUCUCGGAACCAGAUGUUUUAGGACCAGAAGGCAUGGAAAAGUUUUGUGAGGAUCUCAAUGUUGAUCCCGAGAAUGUAGUAAUGCUUGUGAUUGCAUACAAAAUGGGUGCCAAACAAAUGGGUUAUUUUACACAAGAGGAAUGGUUAAAAGGUUUAACAGAACUCCAGUGUGACAGUGUGCACAAAUUACAGAACAAAUUAGAAUAUUUACGCAGUUUACUCAAUGACCCCUAUAUGUUUAAGGCCAUAUACAGAUAUUCAUAUGAUUUUGCGAGGGACAAGGAGCAGCGCUCGCUGGACACGGGCACGGCGCGCGCGCUGCUGGGCGUGCUGCUGCCGCGCUGGCCGCUGCGCGCCGCGCUGGCCGACUUCCUGGCGCGCGAGCAGCGCUACCGCGUCGUCAACCGCGACCAGUGGAGCAACAUCCUGGAGUUCAGCCGCACCGUGGACGCGCAGCUGGCCGCCUACGACGCGGACGGCGCCUGGCCUGUGAUGUUAGAUGAAUUUGUGGAAUGGCUCCGAGCCGAAAGAGCAGGCGAUUCAUCAAUGCUGGCCAGCUGAGAUUGUCCCACUAACAAAGCAGGGAACGCUGUGAAUAUUUCUUCCGGUGACGGGCCUUCACCAUCACCGUGAGGCGCUCCUAUCGUAAAGAGUCCGUUGUCCAAUGCUGAUACAUAUGAAUUAUUGCCAAACUCGAUUGCAAUUGAUCCAGAAAUAUCUUCAAUCUUUUCUACUUUCCACCAACCAGCGUGUUUUACGCAGUCCUCGUCUAUUUUAUCACCUUCUGAUUUAUCCUUCUUCUUAUGUUUACGUUUCUUUGCUCUGUAAAAUGUAAGUAAAUCAAGUAUAGUGUUAAAAUA